GUCCGCUGUAUCCGUUAUGUCAUUUGUGUACGUUUUUGUGCUCGGAGUCUUGGUUUACUGUAGUUUAGGUAAAAUAACAGUUACUCGACAGCCGCCCUAUCAAGGAGUAUAUCUCUACCAAGGAGUAGCAGCCGGUCUUAAGGGAGUCACGUGUCCCCAUCUAGCAGAUCCUAGCAAUGUCACCCUUCAGACGAUAGGCCAGGUUGGAAGCACCACCUGCAACUACCAAGGAACGAAUGUCCCCCUUACAUUCAUAAAAAAGGAGGAGGGAACUGAACCUAGGACGAACCGCACCAACGCCAGAUACUACCUGCUCCCAAGCAACACGACGCUCACUUCAGGUCCUCUUGGUUGGAACAGUGGUAAUGUUGACGUACUCUGCUGGAAUGGGACUGACUGGGAGACUCGUUAUGGUUGGAUAAACGAAGAUAAGAAGAAAAUAUGUUGCGACAACAAGGAAGCUGAUGAUUCCUGCUCAGACAUUAUCUUUCUGGACGAAGAACUUGUGUUGGAUGAACUGCAAGAAACCCUUGAUGUAGGUUACGGGUUCCAGAUAAACUACACGACCACCGUUUGGCCAAGAGAAGAAGUCAGGACGCUGUUAACCUGUGGAAACUACACCUGCUCUUUUAAUGGAACUCGAAUAGAAUAUGGAGACUGCACCCUCGACUUGGACUCCAUAACCAGCAAACUGCCUUUUAUUCAAUACUUCGCACCAAUACAAAGCCGCCCGAAACACCAAUAUCUCCAUGAGCUCAACAUAACUGUGCCAUUCUUGACUAAAGAUUUUGAAGGAGUUAAUUAUUGCGAGAUGAGGCUACUGCUAGGAGGGGUAGAUCAAGAGCUGGCUAGGUCUGUUCUGCCGCUGAAUCUCGCCGUUACACCUCCCGUUGUAUCUAGCCAUUCUGAUAUUGGUCUUCUGGAUGUUGCUGACUUUCAAUACAAAGAUCCCCAGUGCAUUGGAGAUGGCUGGCCACAAACUGACGGCAGUUGGUGGUAUGUGAGAAAACAAGGUAAAACCAAAGAGAUAUCAUUUAGUUCAAAUCAAAAGGUGGCUGGGAAAGAGUUUCACUGCAAGGUUUCCCAGAACAACUCCACUGAAAUGAAACAUAUGAUGUUCAUAAGCGUUCCUGAAACCAACACCCUCUCCCCGGACAUGAUGAAGAUGAUAGGACACACAGCAAGUGAGAGCAUUAUGUGUAAAAUCGACAUGACAGAAUGGAGCUUAAAUGCAACUUCACUGGGCUGGACUUUCCCCAAUGGAACUGAAGAUAGCUCCACACCUUCAGAACAUGGUAAAGAGAUCUGGCAUAUUCCUAUGAAAGACGAAGGUAUCUACAAGUGCUGGGCUGAGACUGGCAAGAAAUGGGCUGAACCCGACCAGCAAGACACGUUCCGUCUGAGUAAAAAUAUCAGGGUCGAACUUAGACCACUAACUGCUGGUAGCAAACCCCAGACCACCAUACCAGAUUCGACAACGAUACCCGCUGGUAUCACCAUCCAUUCCCCGAUAAAUAAAACUGCUGCGAAGGGACCAGAAACACCAACAGUGCCUUUCUCUAGCUAUUGGUACUUGAUUGGACUUGGAGUCUUAACAGUCUUUCUUGUCGCUUCCACAACCUUCAUCUACAAGAUUGUCAAGAAAAACCAGGCAAAAGUCAGUAAUUUGGACACUAAGCUUGCCCUGGACACGGUGAGGACGAAGAUGGGUGUCAACACCCUCUACAGCACCAUACCCCUGGAGGAGGAGGAACCAAUGCUGGCUCGAAUCCCACGGAUUAACAAGGAAGAUCUGGUGACUGAUAGAGUACUUGGCGCCGGGCAGUUUGGCAAAGUUCUCAAAGGGCGGCUUACCGUAACCGAUGAAGAUGGAGUUCCUGGAGAGAUUGAUGUGGCUGUUAAAUGUCUGAUGCACCCUGAAGAUGAUAACUCAUCAGAAGAUUUCCUGAAAGAAGUGGUGAUGAUGUACCAGCUGGAUCAUCCUAACGUCGUCAAGUUGCUUGGAAUCUGCACUGAGUACGAGCAGUACAUGAUACUGUCCGAGUUCAUGGAGAAUGGAAACCUCCGAGACUUCCUGAUGAACGGGGAGCCAGUCCUUUCUCUCACUGACAAGCUCUACAUUUGCUACCAAGUGGUAUGUGGCUUAGAGCACAUGGUAUCAAGGAACAUCGUCCACAGGGAUAUAGCCGCUAGAAACUGCCUGGUGGGACCUAACAUGGUGGUGAAAGUUGCUGACUUUGGUCUCUCUCGCAGCAUGUCCAUGUCCAACUACUACAAGAAGGUGGGAGGACAGGUGCCGAUAAGAUGGAUGUCUCCAGAGUCGCUUAAGUACGGUAAAUAUACGCCCGAAUCAGAUGUGUGGGCUUUCGGAGUUCUGAUGUGGGAGGUAUACACGGAAGGACAUUUCCCGUACAGUGGGUACAGUAAUGAGGAAGUGCAAGGGAUGCUGGAUAGUGGCUUCAAACUGCACGUGCCGCCCCACUGCACUGAGGAUGUUAGUGUGUUGAUGCAGGCCACAUGGGAGACGGAUCCAGCCGACAGACCUACUUUCAAAGCAAUGAGGACCCGACUCAAUCAAAUGUUACGCAACUCCGGAAUGUCAAACGUCGGGAUUUACUCCUCAGCAAGCCCAGAUUCUCAGCCCUCUACUUCCGCUCAAGGGGCCCACGAUGCUGCCUUGCAGGACUCCGUACUGAUGCCAGAUAGCAACCUCCGGUCACCCCCUUACCCACGGGACACGAUGACACGCGGAGUGUUCUUAAACGGAGAGGGCAGCAGCAGGACGACCUGUUGCAUGGGUGAGGAAUCUAGCUCGGGUACCAUAACUAACAAUGAGAUUUCAACUAACAGAUACGUUUCCGAACCUGGCAUUGUAACCGUAGAGACAGCUUUGUGAG